CAGAAAUAGCUGCUGCAAGCAGAAUGAACUCCAAAGGAACCAGUGGCACUUACCACCUGCACUGUUUUCUUGACAUUUAUUUGCUUUUACUGGCACUUAAAUGCCACCUGCCAGGAGAAAACUUUCCAUUAGAAAAAAAAAAAAUCUACCUGACUCAGCAGAUGGCAUCGCAGGCACUGCGAGCGGUGUGAUGCUGCCCUUGGGCACCUUGAGUCUGCGUGUGGGCACCUGUGCUGUGUGUGUCUGCGUAACGUGCAUGUGGCUGCAUCCACGGUAGUGUGAGGCAGAGCCUUCGGAAAGUGCAUUUUGUAGCCAUCCCUACCGAGAUGCAAAGUAGAAAUGCCCAGAACUGUUUUUUAUUUCGGAUGCCAAGUGUCUCUGGAGUUAAGCAGGUCAUCUGUUUGCUUGUUCCUGUUUGUUUGGAGGGUUUUUGGCAGCUCUCCUGUGUGCCAGUUCAGGCUGCUCAAACUCCUGCUGUCAGCUGGGCGAGCAGUGCGGUGCUGCAGCCCUGCUCUGCGAUGGCCAUGCAGGGAGGGGAAGGCUCCAUCAGCGCCCAUGGGCACGGGGGCUGUGCAGCCUGCGGGCAGCGGAGCACCAGGGAGUGGUAAGGAAGUUUUAUCAAGUUUUAUCCGGGUUGUGGUUUGGAAAUCUGUGCUUUGGGGGUCGUGUCUAAAGGUCCCUCCUAGAGACUGCUCUGGGGCACCAGAAGACAUGAAUCAAUGUGGUUUUUUUACGAAGUAGCUGGGCUGAAAGCACACGGAGCCCACGUGUGUGUGUGUCUGGGAGUGUUGUGGGGGAAGGAUGCAGCUGUGCUGUGUCACCGCCUGCUUGGCCAAAUUCCUCCUCCUCACACUCCAUUAAGUGCUGCUUUUUCAGGUGGCUCACAAUAUGUCUCUCUCUCUCUUGCAGCGGAGUUGGAGUUUGUACAGAUAAUCAUCAUCGUGGUGGUGAUGAUGGUGAUGGUGGUGGUGAUCACUUGCCUGCUGAACCACUACAAACUCUCUGCGCGAUCCUUCAUCAGCCGGCACAGCCAAGGGAGGCGGAGAGAUGAGAAUCUGUCAUCAGAGGGCAGCCUGUGGCCGUCGGAAAGCACUGUGUCGGGGAGCGGGAUGGCUGAGCAGAUCUACACCCCGCGGCCCAGCGAGCGCCUGGCGGUGCCGUCCUUCCUGCAGCGGGACCGCUUCAACAGGUUCCAGCCCACCUACCCCUACCUGCAGCACGAGAUCGACCUGCCCCCCACCAUCUCGCUGUCGGACGGCGAGGAGCCCCCCCCGUACCAGGGACCCUGCACUCUGCAGCUGCGCGACCCCGAGCAGCAAAUGGAGCUCAACAGGGAGUCGGUGCGCGCACCCCCCAACAGAACCAUCUUCGACAGUGACUUGAUAGAUAACUCGGUGUACGGGGGGCCGUGCCCCCCCAGCAGUAACUCUGGCAUCAGCGCGACCUGCUAUGGGAGCAACGGCAGGAUGGAGGGCCCGCCGCCCACCUACAGCGAGGUGAUCGGGCACUACCCCGGAGCCACGUUCUACCAGCACCAGCAGAACAACAGCGGGGUGCCCUCGCUGCUGGAGGGCAGCAGACUCCAUCCCUCACAAAUCAAUGGCCUUGAGAGCACAACGGCGUGGAACAAAGAGAAAGAGAAACAGAAAGGGCACCCCUUUUAAAAAAGGAAGAAAACAAAAAGGAGAAAAAAGCAAAGUCAGUGAAACACUCUGCACUUCUGGUGGAAAGGAAAAAGGAGAGGGAUUGGGAGCUGAGGAAGAUGAGCAAAGGAAA